AAACAUUGUGAAGAAAAUGUAAAACGUGCUUCUUUGAGCUAUUUCUCUUCUUUAGCACAAUUGAUUUUCGAAUUGUAAACGGAUUUACAAGUGUGAAUGUAUACGUAGGCGUUCAUGAACAAUUACAAUAUUCAAUAUAGUUUUUUCAGGUUUGGUUAUAUCUGAGCUCCCGUUAACCUGAGGAUGCUGCAUGUAAUCGCAAGCGAAACGUACCCAUUUCAAUGUUGUAAGAUUACUCACCAACACACUGGUGGGACUUAAGCAGUGAAUACAUUUGGCAUAUUUUAUUCACGUGACACUUAUGAAUAGGCUGUCACGGGUCGAGGUGGGAUUGAUACAUUUUUACACGACCUAACUGAAAAAAACAAUGAUGGAAAAAAUAGGAUUGCUGACCCUCCAAGCUCAAGAUAGUGGAAACCUGGAGAAUGAGAUUUCUGGUAGUAAUGACUCCACAUGUCGUUUUAAAAAAAAACUGCUGUAAAACCAAGUGAGAGCCCCUUUUGAUAAAAUUAAAACAUAAAAGCACUUAAGACACGUCCUAUUGUUUUUUUUUUACUCUAUUUAGAGUCGUCAAUUGUCCCUGAGCACCGAAAGGAAACAUCUGUGGAAAGAUAAACCUAAUAAUUUAAGAUCCACUCGCCACUGAGCAACUUCAUGCCGUAAAACUGAGAGAAAAGAGACAGCCGGCCCUGUAAGCGCUGCCGUAAAGGAGCUUACAUUUAUUGUGUGACCCUUUCCAUAACAGUUGUUGGGUCCCUUUUGGUUGUUAUGGCAACAGCUGCAUGUUGGUGAACGUGGCAGUAUAAGCCGAUUAAAGGACAGAAGGAUCACCGAACGCAGCUGCGGAGGCGCACAAGCGGCGACGGGGGACCUUGACAGCCGGCGACGCAUCAGGAGAGAGCAAUGGAGCCGGUGUCGCAGAGGAACUCCUUCUCGACGGGAGACGCCGCGUUGGGGCCAGGGUCGGAAGUGAGGUUGAGUCGAGCUGCUCACGUCGUGGUCGCUGUGCUGCUGUGGCUCAGCGUGUGCGUUGGCGUGGGCGCCAACGCGCUGGUGCUGCUGCUGUUCGCACGGCGCAGGGCCCUGCGCGUCCCCUCCUUCCUGCUGCUGGCUAACAUGAGUGCCAGCGAGCUGUUGGGCAGCCUCUCCACCACCGCCAUGCUGCUGCUGUGGGGCCCUUGGCACGGGGCACGGGGCCAGGCCGUGUGUCUUUGGGAUGGAUUCUCGCUCACCCUCUUCGGCACCGUGUCCGCGGGGAGCUUGGCGCUGCUCGCCUUCGAGCGCUGCUCCAGACUCUCGCGGCCCCAGGACCUCGACCUCUCUUGGGGUCGCCGGGCAUCAGCUGCUGCAUGGCUCUACGCGCUGGCCUGGUCUUCAGCCCCGCUGCUCGGCUGGGGUCACUACAUGCCCGAAUCGCACGGCCUGGGUUGUUCCCUUGACUGGAGACCCCAGGGCGUGGCCUCGAACGUCUUUGUGCUGCUGCUCUUCCUCGGGUGCCUGGUGCUGCCCGUGGCUGCCACUGCGCUCUGCUACGGGCGCAUCGUGCUCACGAUCCGCGCGCUGCGUUCCAGGUACGCAGCGCACACGAGGCGCGCGGCUGCGCUCGCUUGCUACGAGCAGCAGGCGGCACGCGCGUGGGUCCUCGUGCUGCUGCUGUGCUUCACGGCGCGCACACCGCACGCGCUGCUGGCGCUCAUGGAUGUCCAGAGAGACUACCCCGUGGGGUCUUCGACGUCUUCGUCGUCGUCGUCGUCCUCCGCUCCCGUCAUCUCCGCCGUGCCAAUGUUGCUCACCCGGACAACAGCAACGUACCACCCUCUGCUGUAUAUUUUCACGAAUAAACAGUUCCGCCGAUGUGCGUGGGGGCUGCUCGUGGCUCGUUGGAGAGCGUGGCCAGUGGGGGAAGCAAUGGGGUCACCACCCACUGGCCAGGUGACGCACACCAUGGAGCUGGGCGACACCGUCGACGUCCCCGCCGCCGCCGCCGCCGCCGCGUGCUCGCUCAGCAAGGCGACUCCACCACACAAUAAGGAGGCAGCCGUCGGAGAGACCAGGGCAGAGACACACAAAGUAGCAGCCACUCGCCUCAUUCACGUGGCUCCUUGCACAAGCACUUCCAGCGGAAGUAUGCUGCUCACCUAGAGAGAGCCCUGCACAGUUUUCUUGAAACACAUUUCUUGAAAACUAAUUUCUUUAGUAUUUUGUUUAAAAACCUAUUUCUUUAGUACUUAGUUUAGUGCCGUCGGCUACGUACGGUGGGAAAGAAGUUCAACAGACAGGGGCUAGUGAUACAGGGGCUCCUCUACUUACGAGUUAGGUUCUAGAGGUCUGUUCGUAAGUCCAAGUUUACGCCUGUAGAUUCCCAAAAUGUUGUACGGAUGUACACUAAACACGGAGAAUAGCUUUAAAAGUUGUAUAAUCUGUAGAUGCCACUGGUUCUUCAUGUGCUGUAGAUGCCACCACCACCAUCUAAUGCGUGGCGGUUAAAUGUACGACUCUCGGCUCGAAUAUUCAACUACACUUACGGUCAGUUUUGUUCGAAUCUCUGAAAAUUCGUAAACCGAAUCUCCAUAAGUAGGAGUCCCUGAACAUACACCAAACACUUGAGCAGCUCUCUUGGCGAUAUCAUUUGUUGGGCCUUCCCAACAAAUUAGUUAUCACAGGCUAGUACCGUAUACCAAUGUCAUCCCCAAGUGUGAGCAGCUAUACUCGGCAGCUCGUCAGUGUUUGCAAUGUACCCAUCACAUCAGUGACUACUUAGUUAAGAAAAUCGUAUUUACUCAGUGGCGUGACAAUAGCAAUGCAUAUUUAUUGGGUGUUAACGCUGUGAAUUGUAAUUACCCCGUCUGCAAGUAUAGAAUGUAAUGAAGACAUGUGAUGAUGUGUCGCUUGGUUUUUGAUCAACACGAGCAAAGCAAUUUUUCAAUUACUUCAAAAUGUAUAGUUUGAUGUAAAGAAAGUGUUAAUAACCCAUAAAAAUUACAAUCUAAACUCCAAAAGCUCUUAACCUUUACUGCAGCUUUGUACCUGUUAAUAAAUACAUAGAGGUUUGAUGACACAAAGUAGUUGUACUUACGUGCCCAUACUUAAUUUGUUUAGAUGAUUUACCUUCAAAAUAAAAUCCGGCAUGUUUCGCACCUCCAGGGAGUGUGUGCACCCCAGGUUAAGAACCACUAAUCUAAAGUAUGGUUAUACAGUAUUCCAUUAUAGUAGUUACAUAAACAGCAGCUCACACUAACAUUAUUACAUAGCAGUGUUUAAUCACAUUUAACAUGACAUGAAUUUUUCAUAUAAUUUCAAAUAGCAAUAAAUGAUUAAUGUUAAUGUGUUAGCAACCAUCUCUAAGGCUACUCCAGAAACCCAAUUGUUGCAGCUUCAAAAGAAUUGUGCUGUAUUUAAACACCCAAACUGUGAAGCAGUGAAAUUUGUUCAACACUGUUGCCCAACUGUGUCUUGCACAGUUUUUCUUAUGCAGCAUUAAUACAAUGCACGUCUGUAGAAGCUGUCCUGUGUGCUACAGAAUGCAUUUGUCAAACAUCAACUUGAGUGUGUGCUCAUAACUGGCAAAACGUGGUGUCUACACAGCAGCAGUGUGGGACACAGCCACUAUUUAAUGAUGAUAACAUAAUUUAUUAAUCCGGGAAAGGCCGUCUCUCGAGACAUUUUCAGGAGGAUGCUGCAUUGGCAUGUUUGACAAAUUACUUUGAGGA